GCGCGAGCGAACUUCUCGUCCAAAUAUCCACGGAGACUGCCACGGCACCUUUCCUCGUGUUGGGCGGCUUCAUCGAUUUCCUCACUCCUCGGCAUUCGCCAGCGCACACGGUGCCAUCACCGGUCUGGGCAAUGUAGCACCCCAUGCGAUCAAGAAGCUCUUCGAUCUGUCCGAGAAGGCGACGACGGACUUGUCUGUUCUCCCGAGGCCCUGCGUUUGCAGGGCAUCAUCGCCCGCGCCGAUUACACCAUUGCCAAGGCGUCCAUUGCUGGAACCAAGUUCCUACUGCAGAAGCUGCACGGAUACGGCGGCACAACUCGCAAGCCGCUGCCCCCCUUUUCGGAGGCGCGGGGAAAGCUCUGUGGAACCACCGGACACACAGGCAGUCGUGGCGCUCGAGCGAGAGAGCAGUGGGAAGGCAGAGUAGAGGAGAGGAGCGAGCAGGCAGUAAAUCUAAUUGUAUCUUAUCGGGCGGACAGCUGA